UCAUGUUAUAACAGAAUGUCAAGUUCAAUAUGUGGUUAAAAACCCAUUUGAAAUUUGCCAAGAAAAAAGCAUAAUUGGCAGAAAGAGAAGAAGAUGGCAUGUUUACUUGAAUGAGAUUGACUUUAUAACUGCUGAUUUUGUAGUCCUCUCAGCGGGAGUUUUGGGCACAACUGAGAUACUUUUCCAGUCAAAAAUGAGAGGAUUGAAACUUUCAGAUGCACUUGGGUCUGGAUUCAGCUGUAAUGGGAAUACUGUGGCUUAUCUUGCUGGAAGCCCAGCACCCUUGACUGCUUACGGAUUAAACCGAAAGCAACUCUCAAACAUACCUUUUCAAGAACGGCCAGGGCCAUCCAUCUCUUCAUCUUAUACAUCUUCAUUAGGAUUCACAAUCCAGAGUGCUGUACUUCCAACGGCUUAUCCUUACCUGAUGUUCAAAGGGAUCACAACUUACGGUUGGCCAACUGGAUCCUGGUUCUUUCAUGGGAUAAUUGACAAGGUAAAACACAUUACAGGUUUUAAAGCAAGCCAAGCAAUGAUUCUUAAUGCAAUGGGAUAUGAUGACAGUGAUGGGAAAAUAACAUUUGAUAAGGACAUGAAUAGAAUCUGCUUUAGUCCACCUCACGAUCCUUUACUCCCAAGGAAAAUUAAUGCCUUUCAGAAGCUCACUAAGAAAUUAGGAGGAAUACUCUUCAUGUCAAGGUACCGAAGCACAUCAGUUCAUCUUUUAGGUGGGUGCAAUGCAUCGUCCGAUCGUUUAUGUGGUGUUUGUAAUCCGAGUGGUCAGGUUUUUGACGCAGAAGGUACCGCCACUGUUCACGCCGGCCUCUAUGUCUGUGAUGCUUCUUUAAUCCCUUGUUCUGUUGGCAUAAACCCAUCUCUUACUAUUGCCACUGUGGCCGAGUACGUAAGUAGACACCUUGUGAGGGAUGUUCUCAAGUACAAGAGCAAUAACGGUAUUGAAAUUCCUGUUAAAAUUGUUCAUCAAGACCCACAUUCCAUCAUUGAUAAGAAUAUGAAGACUGACUGGACAUCAAUGGUCACUUUUAAUGAAACCAUGGAGGGUUAUGUAGGGGGUAUGCCAUGCACAGCUUAUCUAAAAGUGAAGAUAAACUCUCAAGAUCAGAAGAGCUCGGGUGAGUGGAAAUGGGGUAUCAGAGAAUGUCAUCCUCUUUUAAGAGGCAAAGUUGGUGGAUAUGUGGAAUUUAGAGCCAUUGAGAAGGAUAAAUUACAUGUUAUAGAUGGGAAAAUAAAUUUGUGUGAAGUAGAAUGCAAAACUCCUUACACACAGUGUAUGCAUUAUCAUCUUCUCCUUGCAGCUUCCUCUGGUUCAAGGUAUCAUGAGAAGGUUUAA